UGAGAGAGAGGAGGGUGUGGGCCAUUUUUCCUCACCUUAUUCUCCUCUCUUUCUCUUUAUUGUCGCGCUUUCUUUCCCUCUGGCUCUGUACCACUCCGUCCAUCUCUGAAGUGUGAGCGAGUGAGCAGCUCAAGGAGUCCUCAGCUGUAUGAGGUGAUCAAGUGAGGGAAGGAAGGAAGGAAUGAGUGAGUGAACUGGGAUAAUCAGGGGUCACCAAAGCAAUGGAGUGCUUCAACAACGUACUCCUCAAACUGCGGGAGAUCCACGAGCGAGAAGUGGAGGGUUGGCAGGGGAAAAUCCAAGAGCUGUCCAACAAAAAGGGCUGUGAUACAAAGCGCAUGGAGGAACUGUUCACCAAAAAUCAGCAGAUGAAAGAACAGCAGAGACUACUCAUCGAGAACAUCAAGACACUGGAAAACAGGCUGAGGGCGGGGCUGUGUGACAGAUGUACAGUAACUCAGGAGGUGGCCAAGAGAAGACAGAUGGAAUUUGAAGCCUCGCAGAUACAAAGCCUCCAGCACAUCUCUCUACUAGCGGGGGAGAUGACCAACAUGAAAAAGGAGAACAAGAGACUUAGAGAUGAGCUCAGGAAUUUAAGAGCAGCACUUGACAGAGCUCACAGUGACCACUCCUCCAAUAGGAGCAACACCCCAGACAUCAAACCAACCAGCCCCCCUGACUAUUCCCCCUCCUCUGGACCUGACGCCCUCCUCGCUAUGGGGACCAGCAGCGCCGGUAACCAGCCAGCAGGUGUCAAUGUUGCAUUGAAAACUGAGGCCAACCAAAGACCUGAAGAAAGUGUACACAGACAAUUGAGAGGGAUGAACGGAAGCCAAUUUGAGUCAUACAAGCCUCUUCCCUGGAAGACGGAACAAAAUGUAACCUUUGUCAUGGAGAGAAGAGCUCAGAAUGUUGAGGAACUGGAUCAGCGAUCCUCUAUCCCUCCUCAAGCUCUCCUCAAGAACUUUUAUUCCUUAGCGGGUGGAGAAGGGACCCCCACUAGACAUGUGGUCCAUGCCCCUGUCCCCUGCCGUCCUCAACCAACCAGGAGCAGCCCUGCUACUGUGCCCUGGCCCUUUUCUGAAUCCUCUGACUUGGUUACUCCAGCUGCUCCAGCGACCAGUCCGGUGGCGCAACCUUCUUCCAAACCUUACCUGCCAUGCUCUCCCAACCUGAUUCCAACUAGCCAACAUGCCAGCUCUAGAAGUCAGGUUUCUGCAUCUCCCUGGCGCAAGCAGAGCACCCCUCAACCCCCUGCCAAAGAGCCAACUGUGGUAUUCAGGUUGAGAAGUCUGACAGAACGAGAUGUAGAGUGUCAAACUAAGCCCAAGGAGAAAAAGGACAUCUCACCAAUGAAGACCGAGAGGGUCUCUGGAGAUAUUAAAGAGGCGUUUGAUGGGCCUCUGGACCUAUCGGAUCAUGGAAAGUCCAAAUCCAGCCAAAUGCCAACAGAUGAUUCACCCUUAGCCCUACAAACUGGAGAGAGAUUACAAAGCUGCCCUGACAAGGACGGGAAGGAAAAUCCACUCAGACCAGUAUCAUCACCGUCUCCUAUCGUCCUUCCCUCAGGCCCCUCUAUCCCACCAGUCAAUCAACCAGAGGAAGGGUCUGCCAGUGACCGUAACUUCAAGCAGGUAAUCAAAGAUUUGGAGCAGAAAAAGGAGGAAAAAGGAAAGACAGACCAAAACGUGAAUGGAAAGAAGGUGCCUGUCCUUACUAUAUCAUUACGCCCAGUAGUGGCGCUGGAGACUCUGAAUUCUGCUCUACAGAAAUCCUUACUAUCACAUGGCAAGUCAUCGUCGUCAGCAGCUGAGCCGAGAAGCAGCUCAGAUGAGCAGGACGAGGACGAGAGUGUGUCAGGACAAGAAAACAGCCAGGGCUGCAAGAGAAAGAGGGCAUCUGUGGAGACAGAAACCGACAGAGACUCGGAAACAGACCACAUCCAGCUGGGGAGGAAGAUCCAGAUCACUUUGAGAGCUGAGGGGAAGAGCCCCAGCUAAAGAUAUCACAUUGUGAUCUCACGUGAACCUGGAUCCACCGACUGUUUUUGCCCACUUGGGGGACAACGCAACACUCACAUAUUACUUUGUGUUUGAUCUUUAAGUUGAUUAGCAAACAUCGUAGUAUUUACACCACCAAACAUGGAGCAACCUUUAUUCAUUUGCAUUAGGAGUUGGGUUUCUGGCAACCUGAAGAAUGUAAGUCCAAUAUUUACUCUUGUGUUAGCUCGGUUUUGCUUUCCACCAACUCUCUGAGGGAAAUGUCUGGCUCUGUUGGUGCCGGGCAUGAGUGGGGUUUAAGACCUUUUUUUGUUGAACUGCGCUGCCUGCUGUAGCUGAAAAGGAAACUGAUAAGAGUGCUACGACAAAAAAGUUAAGUUCUGGGGCAUAAAAUCAAAACAACUGAAAACA